AACAGCGUGUAUACAGUGUGGACAGGCUCUCGUUUGGUUUACACUUUUUGGACACGGUGAGAGCUGAGGGACGCACUUGACGCUUGGAUCGGAAGGCUACUGGUUUUACACUGCGGAGAAUAGCCAGCAGCAUGUCUGGAUUCGCGACUGGAUGGAUAACGGUUGUGCUUGAAAGGGAGAACUCCUCAAACUAGUAGUUUUUUCUUCUUCCGGGAGAUCAACUUUUUGGGUGGUGUGAUGGUGUGCCAAAGGUGUACCACACCAACGCGUUAAUCUCCAUCUGCGAAUUCAAUAUGACGCUUUUGGAUAGAUGAUAGCCCAGAUAAUGGGCGGGAGGGAGAAUGUGUCCAAAAUAUCAAAACCAAGGAGUCCUGCGUACCACAGAUGAGAGAGAAGAGAGCAAGACGGUUUGAUUGUAAGGCGAGGAAAAGGUUUAAUUCUGGUUUUAAAAAAGGUGGAGAACGUGGCGCCGGAAACACCGGGUCUCUUGGUAGAAGACUCUACCUGGGGUGCAACACGCGAUAAGACUACAUGUUUUUUUUUAACAUAGUAUACACGUUGGGCGCAACAAACAAACAAAUCAUUAUUAUAGUCAUUAUUAAAUCAUAGUUAUUUCAUUACUUUACCCAUGGGCAGUUUUACACAAUCGCCCUGACAGCAUUUCGGAGAAAUAACUUUGGAGAUCCACUCCGACAUAGAAGAAGCAUAUCAUCCACGGGGAUACCAAAGGAAACCUGAACCUCGCUGUAUGGACCUUUUUAACUUUGAUCGUUUUUACACAUUGAAUCUGAACCCACUUUUUGUUCCACUUGAAGACCGCUCUCCACCGACGCUGAUCUGAUGUUAAUGAACAUGAACAUAACCACGUGGUCCCAAACUUGACAUUUUGACCGAUUUGUUUUUCUUGAUUCCUCUAUUCUCCUUUCCCCCCCACCCCUUUCCCCUUAAAAUUGUAAUUCUGAAUCCAGAAGUGGCUCCGAAGUGGUGUUGCGGCUCCUCGCCCGCAGCGGAUCCGGAGCUGGGAGUGUCUGCAGCGGGAGGAGCUGGCGGAGGACCCCCUGCAUCACCGCAGGGACCAAAGACUGGUCAGGUGAAAAGGAUGGUUCGAUUGGCGGCAGAACUCUUGUUGCUUUUAGGACUUCUACUUCUUACCUUACAUAUCACCGUGUUACGGAGCAGCCCGUUGCACCAAGGGAAUUUGACUUUGAGCCAGGAUCAGCUGGAUACGCUGCUCGCAGAGAAUAAUGUCAGAGAAGAGAGCAGUUCAUCAGCCCACCAGGGCCCAGGGGAGCGGAGAGGACCAGAGCACCGGUCAGCCCAGAGGCCUGCUGCCCUCCCUUGGGCCCAGAGUCAGGCUACCGGAGGCAGCCUGCAGAAAGACGGGCGGGCCUUCCUCCUGGACCUCAGCAACUUCCCUGACCUCUCCAAGGCUGAUAUAAACAGACAGAACCCCAACAUACAGGUGACCAUAGAGGUGGUGGACGGUCUAGAGGCAGCAGAGCCUGAGAAAGGCCUGAGGAAAGAGAACAAACCAGGAUGGGCUGCUCCCAACUGGAGAGACUGGUGGAAAUCCUCCUCCACCUCCUCCUCGGCCUCGACCCCCCGCAGGCCCGAGGAGCAGGCGCCCUACAGGGGAGAAGGAGAAGGACGAGGGGGAGGUAAAGGAGGUGUUGGUAACACAGAGGAUAGUAACUUCCUAAAGCCACUUGGGGACUGGGAGAGGAGAGGAGGCACAGGAGGAGGAGGAGGAGGAGGCACCAGCAAGUCUCAGACUGAAUAUGACUAUAUAGAUGGAGAGGGUGACUGGAGUAACUGGUCUCCAUGCAGUGUAACCUGUAAGAACGGGAACCAGAAGAGGACCAAGUCAUGUGGUUAUGCCUGCACUGCCACUGAGUCGCGCACCUGUGACAUGCCAUCCUGCCCAGGUAUUGAAGAUGCUUUCAAGACGGCCGCCACUGAGGUCAGUCUGCUGGCUGGAACCGAUGAGUUCAACGCCACAGAGCUCUUUGGUGUCGACACAGACAGCUGUGAACGCUGGAUGAACUGUAAGUCUGAGUUCCUGAAGAAAUACAUGAUCAAAGUCUCCAACGACCUCCCCAGCUGCCCCUGCUCCUACCCCACCGAGGUGGCCUACAGCACGGCCGACGUCCCCGACCCCGCCACACGCCGGGCCUUCCGCUGGAAAGACGCCAGCGGCCCCAAGGAGAAACUAGCGAUCUACAAACCCACGGCCCGGUACUGCAUCCGCUCCAUGUUAACUCUAGAGUCCACUACUCUGGCCGCACAGCACUGCUGCUACAAUGACAACAUGAAGCUCAUCACCCGGGGUAAAGGAGCAGGAACACCCAACCUCAUCAGCAACGAGUUCUCUGCUGACCUCCACUACAAGGUCGACGUCCUGCCCUGGAUCAUCUGUAAGGGGGACUGGAGUCGCUAUAACCAGGUCAGGCCUCCUAACAACGGGCAGAAGUGUCCAGACAACCCCCUGGAUGAGGAUUAUCACAAACAGGUGGAGGACGCUCAAGAGUUUUAGAACUGGAGAGAUGAACAUGAGAAAGAGAGAGAGAGAAAAAAAAAAAAAACGAUCUGAGAAAUGUUUAUGAAUCUGGUACUUCAAUUGGUGCUUCAAACCAUCCAUGAGUGUUUUUAGACUUUGGAACUCGGUGCCAUAUGAACAGGACUGUUGACUGUUGUGACAACGAUGAGACCGAGGUAAACAGGACUGUUGACUGUUGUGACAACCAUGGGACCGAGGUAAACAGGACUGUCUGUUGAUCAGCCAACGUGAUGAAGACGAUGAACUGGUCUCGUCUUCAUCAUAAUCACAGUCUAUAAGUCAUGUCAGGUCUUUGUUUCUAUGACAUAUCAAAUCAAAUUAUAUUCAAAGUCAAACUGUAUGAUGGAUUUUUGACAAAUAUUUUUUCUGAUAAUAAUUCUAUAAAUGUUUGGUUUAAAAGGGAUAGCUUGGUGUAGCUUCAUAAAAAGGGAAAAUUACUUUUCAUGUUUUAGAUUUGUUUUGUAAGUUUUUAGUUUGUUUCUGAUUGGCCAAAAGGAGAGCACAGGGAUUCUUAAUUGGCUGAAUGAUCAGAUCCAAAUCUCCAUGUUUUGAGUCACACCCUCCUAACCUAUCAGAAUAGAGAGCGAGAGAUCCCUGACCUAUCAGAAGAGAGAGAGAGCGAGACAUCCCUGACCUAUCAGAAUAGAGAGCGAGAGAUCCCUGACCUAUCAGAAGAGAGAGAGAGCGAGACAUCCCUGACCUAUCAGAAGAGAGAGAGAGAGAGACAUCCCUGACCUAUCAGAAGAGAGAGAGAGAGACAUCCCUGACCUAUCAGAAGAGAGAGAGAGAGAGACAUCCCUGACCUAUCAGAAUAGAGAGAGAGAGACAUCCCUGACCUAUCAGAAGAGAGUGAGAGACACAGAGAAGAUCCCUGACCUAUCAGAAGAGAGAGAGACAUCCCUGACCUAUCAGAAUAGAGAGCGAGAGAUCCCUGACCUAUCAGAAGAGAGAGAGAGACAUCCCUGACCUAUCAGAAGAGAGAGAGAGAGAGAGACAUCCCUGACCUAUCAGAAGAGAGUGAGAGACACAGAGAAGAUCCCUGACCUAUCAGAAGCGAGAGACAGAGAGAGAGAGAUCCCUGACUUCUCAGAAUCAGAAAGUGUCUUUUGCUGUGGAUAUCACAGUUGUAACUAAGUGUAAAGGAGUCUUGUAACAUCCAGAAUCUACAGAGCGAUGGGUUAGCAUUCUGCUCAUUGGUAGCUGUAAUAUUCAGGUUAGCAUUCUGCUCAUUGGUAGCUGUAAUAUUCAGGUUAGCAUUCUGCUCAUUGGUAGCUGUAAUAUUCAGGUUAGCAUUCUGCUCAUUGGUAGCUGUAAUAUUCAGGUUAGCAUUCUGCUCAUUGGUAGCUGUAAUAUUCAGGUUAGCAUUCUGCUCAUUGGUAGCUGUAAUAUUCAGGUUAGCAUUCUGCUCAUUGGUAGCUGUAAUAUUCAGGUUAGCAUUCUGCUCAUUGGUAGCUGUAAUAUUCAGGUUAGCAUUCUGCUCAUUGGUAGCUGUAAUAUUCAGGUUAGCAUUCUGCUCAUUGGUAGCUGUAAUAUUCAGGUUCCCAUAUUUGUUCCCAUGUAUGCUUAUACGCUUGUUUAUUUAGCAUGCCGUUUUUCUUCUUCUUCCCAAUCGCCCCUCUUCCGUAUCGAUCCCUCCCUCCAGAUCAUUCUCUCCGGGUAUAUAAAAAAAAAAGCGUUAUUUUUGUAGAGUAUUUAUUAAGUUGUAGAUGUAUGUCCCAAAAUGUUGGGUGUCCAUGAUCGUUGUCGUUGAUUGGUUUCUGACUAGAUGCUAACUUGAGAUGGGACCCGCACUCAAAACGAAAUCAUCACGAUUGGCUUAAAUCGUUCAUUGAUUGAUAUUGAUCAGAGAUUUUUCAGCCAAAAACUUGGAUUGAGCCGCUCAUCUCAAAUUAGGAUUCGGCCCAAAAAGAAAACACGAAUAGGAAAUGUGUGAAUACAGCUGUACGGGGAAAAAGAUUGUGAUAUAAAUGUUUAAAUAAAAAAUGUUUAAAUAAAAAACAUGAAGUAAAAUG